UGCCUGGCUGCACGAAGAUACUGUAAAUGAGCCAGCCGUCCGAAUCACACAGACUCGACCACUUUUCCUUGGCUUGAGGCAUGUCAGCUGUUUCCCCUAUCGAGCUCUCUCGCUCUAACCUCCUUUAUGACAGAACACGCCACGUCGUCACUUUCCGACCAAUCUUCCUACAUAAAGUGACCUUCUAGUUCAUUCUAAUUGCGACUACUGGGACAGAUGCAGCCAGUGAGCGCUCUCUCGCGCUUUCCAUGGUCAACACCAGUAGUGUACCCCCCCUUCCAACAUCACCUACGUCGUAGAUAUUUUUCCGCCAUCCACAAAUAUCGACCAGCAUCAAUCGAAACAAUCGAGCACACAAAUAUCGAUUCCAGCUGAGUCUACGCUGCUCCGUGGCUCUGACUCGACCACGAAGAAGCUUUCCGCGUCAUGCAACUUGGGAAAUCCCACUGUCGUUUUAGUCGCCAGAUAUUCUCCCCCUCCUCUUCCGCUGCUCUUCCGCUGCUCUUCCGUUGUUUUGUCGAGCAAUUAGUCUCUUGAGCGCCCGAUGGUGUCUGCCUGCUUUGGGUACACAACAGAGCUCAGCUCUGCUGCUGCCAGCACGGAAUCAGUGAUUUCUUAGGAGCCGCUGAACCUUUCUGUAGCCGCCAUGGGCCUGAUUUUCUGGACACUGAAUGGGAGAUUCUAGACAGCGUCUCUCCAGCGAUUUCCAGCCCUUUGUGGACGGUAACGGAAACCGUCAACGCUUACGUCUUCUGCGUGGAGCAACGCGGUCUUCCGCUGGAGCGCGUGCAAGUUCUGCUGGACAGACGCGUAGGCCACGGGCUCGUUGACAGGCAUUGGAAGGAAGAGAACGACCCUAUCGGUAGCAGAUCAUCCGACCAGGAAAAUGACUGGUCGCAGCAGUCGCCCACCCAGCAGUCGCAAUGGUCGCAGGCGUCGCCCAGGCAUGGCACGGAUUCCGGCAGCUUGGAAGCAGCGCAGCUAACCAUCGUGUGCGCGUUUCCCUCCGCUUCUCACACCGCAGACAGGGCAGGCUCCCUCUGGACGGCUGGCCGGCGAUUCAGACUGCCACCUGACGCCGUAGCAGAGGAAACGGCGGCCAUGCAGACGUCCUACGGUCCAAGAUUUGGCAGGUGGACUGUACACGUGGCAUCAGCAGCGUCAUCGUUAACCGCCUCGUCAUCAUCACAUCCAGAGAAGCAGUAUCAAUCAUCCCCCAACUCGUUUCAGCAUUUUGAUCCUGAGUUGCUCCAAAGUCUGCAAGUAUGAGGUGUGAUGCAGCCAGGUGCUUCAAGCAUUGUGAUGGCAUCAGCCUGCAUUGGGCUUUUCCUCCUGUACAGUUCUUUUCCCUCCUACUAGAUUACCAGGUGCGAACUGUGUACCAAGUUCAGUUGAG